UCGCGCGGGCCGGUUGCCGGGAGCCGCAGAAGGGAUGUGGCGUUCCCGCCAUGUCGGAAUCGCGGGCGCAGGACGCCGCCUCGGACUUGGGGCCCGGGAGCCGUAGGAGGACAUGGGCCGAGCUGCUGGCGGGAAGGGCCGAGAGGCAACGGCAGGGUCUCGGAAGGGGACACAAGCUGCAGGAAUCGGCUGUGCGCCUCCUGAGACGCCACCUGAAUCUGAGCGACCUUUUGCUUGAGGUAGAAGGCUCAGCGUGUAAAACUCUGUGUCUCAAUCAGUUGAUGGAUCCUGAGGCCUCUGCUGAUCUUUCUGGUUCAUUCAUAGGCUCUGCUUUACGGGAUCAAGCCUCGAGACUGGGUGUGCCAGUGGCUGUGCUGUCCAGCCGGACAGUGGCCUCCAGCAUUGUGCAGAUCUGUGCGUCCAGUGGCGAGCCCUCCCCCAGGGUGCUGCUGAACGCAGAGCAAAGGAAGAAAAUGUCUUCCUUAUUGGAGGUGGCUCAGUAUUUAUUAGCCCAUAGUAUGUUCUCUCGUUUCUCCUUUUGUCAAGAACUGUGGGAAGUACAGAAUUCUUUGUUGCUUGAAGCUGUGUGGCGUCUUCACGUACAAAACAUUGUGAGCCUGCAGGAGCUGUUGGAAAGUCAUGCUGACACGCGGGCCACGGUUGCGUGGCUCUUCAGGGACCUGUGCCUUCUUUGUGAGCAGAUGGAAGUGUCCACUCAGCACACUGACAUCGCCAGGGCUAUGCUUUCUGAUUUUGUGCAGUUGUUUGUUUUGAGAGGAUUUCAGAAAAACUCGGGUCUGAGAAGUGUGGAGCCUGCACAGAUGGCCCAGCUCGCCAUGGACGUGCUUCAGAGGAUGCUGAUGUUCACUCUUGAGGCUUUGGCCACCGAGCUGCAGGACGAAUCCCCAGCGUACAGGGCAGUGAAGAGCUGGUUUGGCGUGUUCUGUGGACACACGUAUGGCGCAGCAGUUUCAACAGAUGCGCCAAAGAGAUUUUUCAGUCAUACUCUGACUCAGGUGCUAACUCACAAGCCUGUGCUGAGAGUUUCUGAUGCUGUUCAAAUGCAGAGAGAUUGGAGCUUCGCGAAGACCCACCCUUUGCUAACCAGUCUGUACCGCAGGCUCUUUGCGGUACUGCGUCCAGAGGAGUUGGUUGGCCACUUACAAGAAGUUCUGGAAACACAUGAGGUGAACUGGCGGCAUGUGCUCUCCUGUGUGUCUACACUGGUGAUCUGCUUACCUGAGGCGCAGCAGCUGGUUAAAGACUGGGUGGCCCGAUUGCUGGCCCGUGCGUUCGAGAGCUGCGACCUGGACAGCAUGGUCACUGCGUUCCUGGUGGUGCGUCAGGCUGCACUGGAGGGCCCCUCUGUGUUCCCACCCUACUCAGAUUGGUUCCAGGCCUCCUUUGGGAGCACGAGGGGCUUCCACAGUGGCAGCAAGAAGACAUUGGUCUUUCUCUUCAAGUUCCUGUCAGACCUCGUGCCCUUUGAGGCUCCCCGGUAUAUGCAGGUGCACAUUCUCCACCCGCCACUGGUGCCAAGCAAGUACCGCUCCCUCCUCACGGACUAUGUUACGCUGGCCAAGACACGCCUGGCUGACCUGAAGGUUUCAGUGGAAAACAUGGGCCUCUACGAGGAUCUGUCUUCAGCCAGGGACAUCACGGAGCCCCACAGCCAAGCGCACCAGGAUGUGGAGAAGGCCGUUGCGGUAUUCGAACACACAGGGAAGGUUCCUGUCGCCGUCAUGGAGGCCAGCAUCUUCAGGAGACCUUACUACGUGUCUCACUUUCUCCCCGCCCUGCUCACACCUCGAGUGCUUCCGAGAACCCCUGAUUCCAGAGUGGCCUUGAUAGAGUCCCUGAGGAGGGCAGAUAAAAUUCCCCUGUCUCUGUAUUCCACCUACUGCCAAGCCUGCUCCACUGUGGAAGAGAAGAAGCCAGAACAUGCAGCCGCAGGGGUGAAGGCAGAAGCUGGGGGCUGUGCGGAAGAACCGCUGGGACCACUCGCCGCUGCCCUGAGGGAGCUCAGAGCCGCCAUGACAGACCCCUCGCAGUAUGACGUUCUUUCUGCUCACAUGGCAGUUGUCUCUGAACGGCUCAGCUCCGCCCUGGGCCUGGGCGAGGAGGACGGCAGCUUGGAGGUAUCGCAGGUCCAGCUCGGUGUCCUGGCGCCACGCUUGGAGCACCGGGAACAGGAGAUCGCGGACCUCCUGUUGACGUCUUUUUGUCAGAACCUGAUUGCAGCCUCCAGCUUCACCCCACCAGCCAGGCAGGGCCCCUGGGCUGCUCGCUUCGUGACAGCCAUGUGUGGACGCAGGCUCCUCCCUGUCGUGCUCACCCGGCUUUGCCAACUACUCCGUCACCAGGGCCCAAGCCUGAGUACCUCCCACGUGCUGGGCCUGGCUGCCCUGGUCGUCCACCUGGGCGAGUCCAGGUCUGCACUCCCAGAGGUGCGCGUGGGUUUUCCUGCCCCUGCCAAGAGCCUCCCCAUCCCAGAGUUCUUCAGUAGCCUCCUGACGUUUGGAACCGCAGAGACCUCGCUCUUCUGCCUGAAAUUUUGUACAGCGGUGAUUUCUUACUUUUUGUGUAAGUCUUCUUCCCUGUCGCGAGAUAUUUUGUACAGCUGCUUAUCUCCAGCCCUCAUGAAAAAGUUCCAGUUCGUUAUACUCAGACUGUUCUCAGAAGCCCGGGAACCCCCCUCUCAGGAGGACCCAGCCGGCCUUCCCUGGAGACUCCUGUGCCUGCCGACUGCCGACUGGCAGCGAGCCGCCCUGUGUCUUUGGAAACAGAGAACCUUCCAGGAACUGUUGAAGCAGAAAGAAUUUCACUUAACUUACAGAGACUGGUUACAGCUGGAACUGGAAAUCCAACCUGAGCUUGAUUCUCUCUCACAUACGGAAAGGUGGGACUUCCACCAGUGGGCGAUCCAUGAGCACUUCCUCCCCAAGCCCUCUGCUGCAGGGGGCUGCGAUGGGCAGCUGCAGACAGCGUGCACGGUUCUUGUCGACGUGCUGAUAGACUUCUGCCAAAGUUCGAGGAGUUACAACUGCUCAGAGAAUUUUGAUUUGGUUCUCGGUAGCUGCACAGGAAAUCGGGAUAUUUUUUCCAGAUUGCAGGAGAUGGCUGCUGACCUGGAACAGGGCCCAACAGCAUCCCAGAGUUGCUCUCCUCAGGAGCGCUUCCCUUUCGGAGUGUUCCGCACACGGCUCCAGGCUCUGGCAAGCGGGUGGGAUGUGGCUGCCCGCCUUCAGAGACAGCGGGAGCUGCUUGUAUACAAACGGGUCCUCCUCGGUCUGCCCCCGUCUGUUCUCGUCGGCAGCCCCCAGGCCAAAGAGCCAGCCGCCCCUGACUGCACGGAGUUCUUCCACUUGGUCAACUCUGAGCUGAGAAACUUCUGCUCCCAUGGAAGUGCUCUGACCCAUGACAUCACCGUCCACUUCUUCAGGGGGCUCCUCAGCGCCUGUUCACAAAGCAGAAACCCCUCCCGGACCGCAGACCUGAUCCUGACCGCGUGCCAGACUGAGUGCCCCAUAGUUCUGACCUCUGCUCUGUUGUGGUGGCCACGCCUGGAGCCCGAACUUCGCAGCCGGUGGACGAGAUGUUUCCAGGGCCCACUGCCCCAAGAGCUGCAGAGGCUGUGGGAGGCCCAGCAGUUUGGCAGGAGCUGCCUCUCUCCUGACUCGGCGUCCCCCCCACCGGGCCCGGCCUGGGUCUCUGCUGCUUCACUCCACUUCGCAAUCCAGCAAGCCGGGAAGAACAGCAUCAAGAGCCAGCUAGAGAAGCUGGACUGCCAGAGAGAGGAGCUGCUGGUUGUCCUGUUUUUCUUUUCCUUAAUGGGCCUGCUUUCAUCACAUCUGACCCCACACCUAAGACAUCAGUCACCAUUCAAGACUCAACAGAAUGAGCAAAGGCUCCCUUCUGGGCUGGAGGUCACCCCUCCCCCCGCUGUGUGCCUGUCUGUGCGGUCAGCCUCCCUCUUCUGUGGGCCACAGGCUGUGGACUCCCUGAAGGCUUUGGACAUAUGUGCGGAGAUCCUGGGGUGUUUGGAGAAGAAGAAGGUGUCCUGGCUGGUGGUCUUUCAGUUGACAGAGACAGAGGGUGGCCUGGGGCAUGUUCUCCUCCGCCUGGCCCCAGAUCCAUACAUCAGGCUGCUGCCGUUUGCCUUCUACAGCCUUCUCUCCUAUUUUGAUGAUGACGCCGUCCUGAGGGAAGAUGCCUUCCUGCAUGUUGCUGUUGACAUGUACCUAAAGCUGAUCUGUCUCUUCGUGGCUGGGGAGACAAGUGUGGUCUCGGCUCUAGCCGGCAGGAGCCAGGUGCUCCAGGGCCAGGGUGACCCUGUAGGCUUGAUAACAAAAGCUCGUCAUUUUCUGCUGCAAUUGAUACCUAGGUGCCCAAAAAAGAGCUUCUUGAACAUGGCAGAGCUGCUGGCUACCAGUGGACACUGUGACCCGGAAGUGAGUGCCGCCCUCCGGAGCAGACAGCAGGUGCUGCCCGAUGCUGACCUCUACCGGGAGCCCCAUCUCUUCUGACUGGACCCUGCGCAGUGCACAGCCCAGCUCCUUGAGUGCUCCAAAUUGCUUAAAAAUGCCACCUGGCUGGGACUUCAUCAACUAUGUACAUUUGAAGCCUGUUUUCUUAAAGAGAAACUUUACAUCUAUUUAUUUGAGUAAAAAUUCUUAGAGGAAGCCACAUCAAUAAAGCUCCAUAGAUCACUACUGCCACUUGGCAAACAAAUUUCUUAACACUCUUGAACAAAAACUGAACAGUCAGUUCUACUCCUGGACCUGGGCUUGGGGUGGUGGCCAGGAGCUUCUUCCUCCCUGCCAUCCCACCUGCUCAACUACGAACGCCCACACAGACUGGCUUUCUCCCCUCCUAGGUACAAUGCACCCUUAUAGUUUACAGUCUGUCCUCUUUGGUGUCUUAAAAAAAAAACUGCUACUGGUUAGGACCAUUGGCGUCUGAAUUGAGACACAGCUUGAAGACCCAAUUUAAGGGAAUUGUUUGUGUCAGGAGAUGUCCAAGAAGGCUCAGAACAAAACACACAGGAAAAUGGUUUCACAGUGAAACCAACCAAUAAAUCUGUCCAACAAUAAAACGGACAAAUCUGGGUAAAAAAAGUAAGUAACUUUCUAUAGUAAGGUAUUUUAACAAAAACAAGCCCAAUUCCCGUUCAGGGAUAAACAGAGAUGCACUCCACUGGUCUUUUAAAGGGGGUGACGCCAGUUCAGGAGAGCAGCUCUGUGGAGAGAAGCAGCGGGUACGGGCGUCAGUGCACGUGCAGUUCUUGUGCUUCUAACGCAGGUGGGAGGGAUCGUGUCGUUAAAAUUAGAGGGGAAUCAAAAUUGUGAGGAAUGCACACGAGCCGGGGGUUGAAAUACGUACGCAGAGAAUGGAUGGGGGAGAGGAAGAGGGCCCUAGGCUCACCUCGUUCCACAGACACUACUUAGGUAAUUACCACAUCAUCCCAAAUGCCCCAGAAACCGACCUGAAGACUGGCAGAACGAAUUCCACAAGUAAAGGUAGAGAGAGGGAGGGAGUCACUUUUGUGGAGAAGAGCAAGAGACUGACUAAGCUCACAGGGAAAAGGGAUUCCCACAGCAGCUGGCUUGGAAGGCCAGGGGGGCUGAGGGGCUGAGCGUCCCCGAGUCCUUGCAGCCACGGGGGCUUCGAGCCUGGAGUUGUAACGGUCAGCGGGCUUGUCUCAGGGGCACAGCCCAGAGGGCACGGUGCUGCUCUUGGGGAGAAGGCAAGCAAACAGCCCGUGGACAUACACGAGUAUCUGUGUCCGGGGCGCACGGGGGCCGGUGGAGGUCAUUUGCUCGUCUCAGAGGGCGUCCCAGAGAGACCCCUCCAAGAACAAGGAGCAGCAGGUUCCCUUUACCUCCCCCGCCCCUCAGCAUAAGCACAGGGCCAACUCGGGAGCCAGCAGAACACAGACCACAGCGCCCCCUCACACCCGAGGACCCCCCCCUUCCCGUCCCCUCUGGCCUCAGUCCCAGCCCAGCAGGGCCCUUCUCCCAGAAGACCGGCCCAAAGCCCUGCUCACGCCACGUUCCCCAGCCCCGGAGUUGCGGAGGCCGUGGCGACGGGUCUCACUCACGAACAGACCAGAGCAUAGCUGGUUGAAAUGCACCAUAUUCAGACCAAACGCGGCCCACAACAGGCAGAGAGAGCCUCUACAGAUGAGUGGCCUGAAGGCUAAAGUGUCCAGGACACGAGCAGGGCACAGCCCACACGCUGGAGACACUCCCCGAAGCGCCGGGCCCUCCAGGACUUCGUCAGGCCACGACCCCCAAGAACACACGGAAGUAGGCACAGAGACGCAACAGGAGAACCAACAGGAAGAGUAAACCCUCAAGUGCGGAUGAUGCUUGUGCGUGGGGGUGCUUCCUGUCUUCUCUGUGCUUGCUUUUUACAAUUUCUACAAUGAGCAUGGGUUACUUUUAUAAUCGAAAAGCAUAUAAUGUUACUUUUUAAAAGUAAUGAUAAAACCACCACAAUAAACCUGCAGAAAGGCACUGGGAUUUCUUCAUUGUCAGUUCCACAGCCCAUACUAACGAUCUGCAAGGCACCAAAACACAGCCCCAGGCCUCUUUGAAGGGUGUCCAGCCCCCAUCAGCCACCCACGGGGACUGUGUAUGUGGG